CUCCCACGUGUCCGCUGGAGUUUCUCCACUGGCAACAUGGCCGCUGCCUGAGCAGAGAGCCCAGCCGCCGCCGCUUGUGCAGCCCGCGGGGACCUAGGCCGUUGCCGCCGCCCGCGCGUGGCCGCCGCGGAGAGGCCAACUCUGCCAUGACACAGGUGGAAUCGGGUGACGCAGAGGGGAGCUGCCUUGUCCAAGGGGCCUACAGCGAGUUAGAAGCCAGGCCUUGAGACUGUUCGUCCUGGGGCCCUGUCCCCUCAAGUCCUUUGUGUUUUGUCCUCGCAGACCUCUCCCUCCCUCACCAGCUUUUGGAGUUGCCGCUGCUCUCUGAUUGGCCGACAGAUCGAGUCUGAGGACCUGGCGGCUGGCUCCCCCUAGUAUGGCCAAUGAAGAGGAUGACCCAGUCGUCCAGGAGAUCGACGUAUACUUGGCCAAAAGUCUGGCAGAGAAGCUCUACCUGUUUCAGUACCCUGUGCGUCCAGCCUCGAUGACCUACGAUGACAUUCCACACCUCGCAGCCAGGAUCAAGCCCAAGCAGCAGAAGGUGGAGCUUGAGAUGGCCAUCGACACCCUGAACCCCAACUACUGCCGCAGCAAAGGGGAGCAGAUCGCUCUGAACGUGGAUGGCAGCUGUGCAGACGAGACCAGCACGUACUCCUCGAAGCUGAUGGACAAGCAGACAUUCUGCUCCUCACAGACCACCAGCAACACGUCCCGUUACGCCGCGGCGCUCUAUAGGCAAGGCGAGCUCCACCUGACGCCCCUGCACGGCAUCCUGCAGCUGCGGCCCAGCUUCUCCUACCUGGACAAAGCAGAUGCCAAGCACCGAGAGAGGGAGGCGGCCAACGAGGCAGGAGACUCUUCGCAGGACGAGGCAGACGAGGAUGUGAAGCAGGUCACGGUGCGCUUCUCCCGGCCCGAAUCGGAACAGGCCCGCCAGCGCCGCGUGCAGUCCUACGAGUUCCUGCAGAAGAAGCAGGCGGAGGAGCCCUGGGUGCACCUGCACUACUGUGGCCUGCGGGACAGCCGCUCUGAGCACGAGCGCCAGUACCUGCUAUGCCAGCCCAGCGGGGCCGAGAACACGGAGCUCGUCAAGUCUCCCAGUGAGUACCUCACGAUGCUGAUGCCACCCAGCCAGGAGGAGGAGAAGGACAAACCCGUGGCCCCCAGCAACGUCCUGUCUAUGGCCCAGCUGCGCACGCUGCCCCUGGCUGACCAGAUCAGGAUCCUGAUGAAGAAUGUGAAGGUCAUGCCUUUCGCCAACUUGAUGAGCCUCCUGGGCCCCUCCAUCGACUCCGUGGCUGUUCUGCGUGGCGUCCAGAAGGUGGCGAUGUUAGUCCAGGGCAACUGGGUGGUGAAGAGUGACAUCCUGUACCCCAAGGAGUCCUCCAGCCCUCACAGCGGUGUGCCAGCAGAGGUGCUCUGCAGGGGCCGAGACUUUGUCAUGUGGAAGUUCACGCAGAGCCGGUGGGUGGUAAGGAAGGAGGUGGCGACAGUGACAAAACUGUGCGCGGAGGACGUGAAGGACUUCCUGGAGCACAUGGCCGUGGUCAGGAUCAACAAGGGCUGGGAGUUCCUCCUGCCCUGCGACGCCGAGUUCAUCAGGAAGCACCCGGAUGUGGUCCAGCGGCAGCACAUGCUGUGGACGGGCAUCCAGGCCAAAUUAGAAAAAGUCUAUAACCUUGUGAAGGAAACCAUGCCAAAGAAGCCGGCUGGACAAUCAGGGCCUGCAGGGUUGGUCUCAGGGGACCAGCGGGUCCAAGUGGCCAAGAGCAGGGCCCAGCAGAACCACACGCUGCUGGAGCGGGAGUUGCAGUGGAGGAAGGAGCAGGUCCGGGCAGCCACGGUCCUGCCGGGCGUGCGGGUCAAGGAGGAGCCCCUGAGUGAGGAGGGCGAGGAAGAGGAGGGCCCCAUGGACACCUCGCCCAGCGGAGGCCUCCACAGCAGGCUGGCCAACGGGCUGCCCGCCGGGCGGGCAGCGGGCGGGGACAGCUUCAACGGGCACCCGCCCCCCGGCUGUGCCAGCACGCCGGUGGCCCGGGAGCUGAGGGCCUUCGUGGAGGCCACCUUCCAGAGACAGUUCGUGCUCACGCUGAGCGAGCUGAAGCGCCUCUUCAACCUGCACCUGGCCAGCCUGCCCCCGGGCCACACACUCUUCAGCGGCAUCUCGGACCGCAUGCUGCAGGACACCGUGCUGGCCGCCGGCUGCAAGCAGAUCCUCGUGCCUUUUCCCCCACAGACGGCGGCUUGCCCAGAGGAGCAGAAGGUGUUCGCUCUCUGGGAGUCUGGGGACACGAGUGACCAGCACCGACAGGUUUUGCUCGAAAUUUUCUCCAAAAAUUACCGUGUUCGUCGGAAUAUGAUCCAGUCACGGUUGACUCAAGAGUGUGGAGAAGAUCUGAGUAAACAGGCGUUGGAUAAAGUGCUAAAGGACUGCUGCGUAAGCUAUGGUGGCAUGUGGUAUCUUAAAGGGACAGUACAGUCUUGACAAUAGUCCAAACCUCUGACCCAACGACUCCUAAGCCCAAGGAAGGCCAGUGGAAGCGGAAGGAGGGCCUCAGGUGCCUCAGAAGACACGGAGCAAGAGGGACUGCCCAGCUGGUGGCCUGUGGCAUCACUGUCUCCUGGACGGGGGACCACAGCCAGCUCAGCCCAUGUGGGGUCAGCUUCCGUCACAUCGCUCCCAGAAGAGACCAGUGGGACAGUUUGAAAUUCCUGGUGUAUUUUGCUUAUUAUCUGGUUUCAUUCUCAUAAUAGAGUGUAUAUUGACACGGGUGGGAUGAGGAAAAUCAUGGUUUAAUAUUUUACUUUUCAAACUUAAUGCCAACAAGGUCUAAGUUAUGUUUACAAGAUGAAGAAAACCUCAAGGUUUUUAAUAUUUAAAAUGCCUAGAAGCCAAUAUUUAGUCUUUGAUCAUCUAGCUGCUAAGACUUCUGCCAAUUUCAUUAAACAAACCAAAUUGAAUUGUUUUACUGUUGGGUUUCUGUGGCCAUUUUACUUUUUUAAACAGCCGACUUUAUGUAGCAGUCUCAACUGUUUACAUGAACCAUAGCAAAAAAUCAAUCAAAUCCAUCUAUUAUUAAUGUUUGCGUAAGGAUGCAAACAAAACCAGGUAAGUAAGGAACAAUGUACAGUGAGGUUAUCAUACUUGGAUGUAAAAAAUUUCUAUUUUGUGUAUUUUUUAAAUAAAUGCAAACACUAACCUGGCAUGAUGGUGGUGCAGUCUGUGUGCGCGUCAGUGGGGAGCGAGGGAGGACACGUGAGAACUGCGCUGCCCGCCUCACAUCAGGAUUGUCGUAGACACGCAGGUAGUGAAAAGAAACCGGUUAAAUUUUCACAUAUAGCCCAGAAUAACUAACACAUCAACAUGUAAUAAAUAUUUGACUUUCUUUGUACUAAUUUUCACAAUCUGGGAUCUUAUACUUACAGCGUUGUCCGUUUGGACUCCUCAGUUUAAGUGCCCAGUGGCCACAGGCGCUGACUUGACUGGACAGAGUGGCCCUGGACGACCGUGAAAAGGUGAGUGUGAACUGCUAUGUUGCCACCGCAGGCUCGUGGCCGUCAUGUGCGCAGGGUGGCAGCCACUGCCAUCAGAUGGUGUCUAUUUCUGCUGCUCUUCCACGGAGCCCCAACCACCAGAAAAGGAACACUUCUCCUCUUUGGUAACGUAGUUUACAGGUAGGUUGUAUAUUAAGUUCUUGGUUCAAAUUGUUAACACACAUGAACCCGAAAAAGUAAAAAAUUACCAGAAUUACUCUGGAGUGUAUCCAGCUACAUUUCAAAGGGGAGACCCCUUGUAUAGUAAAAACGGCAUGAGCUGAGAGUCCUAGCCUUAAAUAUUUACAGUGAUAAACAAAGGGAUGAAUUAAGCACUUAAUUCAAACAGCUAGAAAAAUAAACGUAAGGAAUAUAGGAGGAAAUAAUUGUUAAAAACAAAGAUUGAGGUGAAAGAAUGUAAAAUAUGCCAAGUUAACCAGUGAAGGAAAAUGGCACAAGGCUGAGUAGACGGUGAAAUGGGAAAAGUUGCAGAGGAAUUGGACAAUUUAUAAGGAAAAUAUGAAUUAUUAAAAUUGGCUAUAAAAAAUGGAAAAAAAAUCUAUCAAAUCUUUCUAGAGGUGGUGGAAGAAAAAAGUGAACUGUUGGUUGUAACAGUGAAAUGGUUUAAGCUUAAAAUAAGCAAUAGAUGAAUUUGUUCAUUUUCAUAGAUAGUUUUAUUUGAUUUUUAGAAAAAUAUAUACAAUUACUGGAACCUCAGUUCCCUUAAAUAGUUUUAAAUUAAAGGUAUGCAAGUGAGAGGAGGAGCAUUUUCCAGUUGGAACGUCAAUACUGUUUAAUAAGCAGCAGGUAAACACGUUUGCAGGGCGACAGGACACAGAGGCCGGCCUGUCCUUAGUCUGCAUGGAAGAAAGGAAGCCGUCCGCACUCGCUGCCCUGCCUAGGACACCAGUGGCAAGGCCUCGGGUCACAGGUCACAGCGGGAGCUGGUCCUUUCCCUGGGUGCUCAGUGGGUCUCAUCUGUUAGGAUGCCCUGUCAGUCACAGUUCAGGGGGGAGUGGACUUCAGGGGGCUCCAGAGCUCGCAGUACUUGCUAAUGCCACUUCUCUCGGAUCAGGGCCUUGCUUGUUCCUGAACAUUCUUCCGAAUGAGUUCACA